CACUGAGUCACUCAAUUUAUUCCUUUCAACUCAACUUUGUUUUGUCAGCCCACUUCUCAUUUCUCAAUUCUCAUUCUACUCACUUAAUUUUAUUUCCUCUUAACUUUCUCUCUUAUUUUUUUCCUUCAUUCAUUCUCUCAUCUCUUUUAGUCUUUUUACCUUCUUCAAUGGCUGCCCCUCCUCAAUGCCCUGAUCCUGAUAACUCUGAACCUCUCAAAUAUAAGACAUGGGUGUUGAGAGUUUCUAUUCAUUGUGAAGGAUGUAAACGGAAAGUCAAGAGAAUUCUCCACAGUGUUGAAGGAGUUUACACAAUAGAUGUGGAUACAAGGCAACAUAAAGUAGUGGUUACUGGCAACGUUGAUGCAAACACUCUUUUAAGAAAGCUUGAAAAAUCUGGUAAACAUGCUGAGUUAUGGCCUGAUUUCUACAAAAUCGAACAACAGCAACAACAACAACAACAACAAGAGCAACAAUUUCAAAACCAAAACCAAAACCCAAAUGUUGUUGAAGAACAGCAGCAGAAUAAUAACGCAGAACCUCAAAAAGUACCUGAGAAUAAUCCACCCCAACAACAACCACAAGUUAAGGAAGUUAGAUUCGAAGGGAAUAUUCCGGCCACCGGAGAAUCUCAACAACCACCGGGAAACGGCGGCGGAGGCGGCGGAGGUGGUGGAGCUAAAAAGAAGAAGAAAAAGAAGAAAGGAGGGCAAAAUGGUAAUAACACUACAAACACCGCCGCGCCACCGAACAACGGUGGUGGAGGUGGUGGUGGAAAUGGUGAGACAGUUACGGAGCAGGUGGCUAAUGGUGGACCGCCAAAUGGCGAAUCACAACCUCCACCUCAGCAAAAUCCGAAUCCGAAUCCAAACCCGAACCCGAACCCGUAUCCGGAAAAUAUGAGUCCGCCACGUCAGCAACCGCCAAAUACUCGGGUAUACGAGUACCCACCAACUACAUACUACGCGCCUCCACCAGUGUACGCCGUUAGUUACAAUACGGCGUAUCCUAGCAGCAAUUACACUGCUUCGUACUAUUCUGCGCCUCCACCGUAUUCGUACGCGUAUGUACAUCACGGGGGUGACGUGGAGGGUCCUUCGCCGUUUGAUUGGAAUCCGCACGCUGCUCCACCGUCCGAUUCGUUUGAGAUUUUUAGUGAUGAAAACCCGAAUGCUUGCUCCGUUAUGUGAGAGGAAACGAAUCGGGUUAUUUGAUUUUAGGAAACGGAUAUGGAUAUCGUAUAUGUAUGUAUACAACUCGUAUAAGGUGGGGGUAAUUUUGGUAAUUUAACUACUACGAGUAAUGUGUAUAAUCUUAAUCUAGGUGCCAAUUUGAGGAGAAAUAAGGGGGUCCUUCAAAUGAUGGUGUAAUUUUCUUUAUUCACUUUUUUUUUUAGAUUUUAUAAUUGUUAAAACUAGUGCUAAGAAUUUUGGUUCUAGCUAGUAAGUUCUUUGUUAGUUGUUUAAUGUAUACACACCCCCCUUUUUAAUGUAAAGUGUAUUUUGGCUUUUA